CGUCCGGCGCUCAGCACUGUUGAGGGCCUUCAAAGGGCCAAACAAUUGGCAAACAAAUUAAAUUGCGAUGAAUUUGACUACAAAUGGUUGGAUUGUUUGCGAGCAAUAGAGGAUCCGAACCUGUUAAUUGAGAAACCAGAGUAUGAUGUAGAGCUAAUGACCGGUGUGGCCAAAGACGAGGGCUUAAAUAUAGCCAUUAUGUUAUACCCGGAAAUGCAAACCGAAAUGACUGAACACCAGUUGCGGGAAAUUGUAGUCAAAUUGAGUGAUGAAUACCAUAACAUAGAUGUGGACAAAGUGUUUGAUCAUUACCUCAAAGGAGUUGACACAACAAACUCAUCGAAACUGAAGGCAGUGUUGAGUGCAUUAUAUGGCGAUUUAGUGUUUACUUGUCCCACAUAUCUGUUUGCUAAACAUGUGGCUGAAAGCAGACAAAAUGUUAAAUGGUAUGGCAGUAUGUUUGGCGAUACCGGAGACGCCGUAUGUCACGGCGCGGACAUUGCUUUUGUUUACGGCAAUCCUUUAAGAAAUCCGCAACAGUUUAGCGAAACUGAAUAUGACUUUAUAAACCACAUGACGUUUGGCCACAACUUUGGGACAAAUCUGUGAUUCGAGUGAAAGACUUGAAUCCCAACGAUAUGUCACUUAUUCUCGACAAUCCAUAC